CUCAGUCUCAAACACAACACAGCAGACUAGCAGAGUGAGUGAUGGAAGCCAAAGAACACACAACAAUGAUGUGCACACUUCUGGCAAUAGACCACACCGACUUCUCUUACAGAGCAUGCUCCCUCUGCGAGAGGACUCUCCCUGACAACCCUUCUUCCCUCUGUAGAUACUGCAACCCCUCUGCCUUCAACCCCCGCUUCCCUCGCUCCAAACGCUUCUUUCGCAUUCUUAUGUCAAUUGCUUCGGAUACCAAGGUGUUCACUGUCAUAUGCUUUGAUAGGGUAGCCAAGGUCCUCUUUGGUUGCUCUGCUGAUGAGUUUUUCGACUUUGCGAGAUUUCACCCUUUUUCUGCUGCUAAUGCUAGUAGAAUUCUGGAGGGAGAGAUGUUUAAGAUGACAAUAUCCAAACCGAAGAAUGGUAAUGCACAAAAUCUGCGAGCAGUACAAGUUGUACCAUUGAAGACUGGUUUUCAGCCGGCAAUUGUGACCUUGAGGGAAUUGUAUGGAGUAAGAAGCUCUUGACUGUUCUUGUUCAUCUAGAGCAUGCUAGGGACUUGAAAUUUGCAAAUGCUAUUUCCUUUUGUUAUCUUAAAACUAGUUACAUAUAUAAAAUAUAUGAACUGCACUGAGGGUCUCAAUACACGUAAUCUGUUUU